CUUUAAAGCGACCACUGACGUCAUGUUUUUUUUGACAGGGGGUGAGCAACGGGAGAAGAAGAAGAAGAAGGGAGCGGAUGUACCAGGAGAGGAGGAUGACCAGGAUCAUGUCCCCGGCUGUUCCUCGCUCCCACAUCUCUGCAACAUGAUGAACGCCGCUCCCGGAGCGCUCGCCCGCAGGAUGCCGUCAGCGGCCCGGCGGAGCGGCUGCUGGAUAGCGUGGUGCCAGGCGGUCCUGCUCGGCGUGUCGGCGCUGGUUAUCGUGGCCGAGCGGAGCGCACUGAUCUACUGUAUAGGAUUCUACCUUUGGAACGAGGAGACGCUGUGGGCGGGCCUCACACUCGGCCUCUUCCUUCCUGGGACAGCAGUCCAGCUGCUAAGUGUGAAGUGGUACUAUGAUGAUGGGGAUGAAAGGCGGUGUUACCUCUCCGUCAUACACGUGCUACACUUGGGCAUCUUCAAAAGGUUGUGGGACUGCAUGAGGUCCGUGCUGCACAUGCAGGACUCGGUGGCUGAGCUGGGUGCUGCCGUCAUGCAGCAGGCAGACGUCGCUGCCCUGUGGCUGCUGGAGGCGCUUGUCCUAACGCUGCCUCAGAGCUUGCUGCAGGCGUAUGUGGUCGUGUCUACAGAUGUGGGGAUAAUGUCACCAGUGGCAUAUUGCUGUGGACUAUGUGUGCUGUCCAUUUCCUGGGCCCUGGUGCUGUACAGCCGAGCCUGCUGCCUGAUACGGCCAGGCCACUUGGCCAUGCCACCAGCAGCCCUGCUGUGCCAGCUGGUCUGGAGAGCAGGCAUGUUGGGAGCCCGGGUGACCUGCCUCAUGUUCUUCGCCAGGGUCUUCAACUGGUGGGUCUGCGGAGUAGCAGGUUUUCACUGGCUCACAGCCUCCUUCUGGCUCGUAUCACAGCAGCCCGACAUUUGCACUGGUCACUGGUGUUGGCGUGCCUUUAACGGCGUCCUGGGGCUCAUCCACGUCUUCCUCUUCCUCAACAUCAAAGACGGACCUUCGCGCUUUCGCAUGGCCAGCUUCUAUGCAUUCAUGCUCGUAGAGAAUGUGACUCUGCUGCUGGCCGCCUCCGACUUCCUGAGCGAAGCAUCAUGGGAUAGCAUGACCCUUCCAACCUCUGUGCUAUGCAGCUUUUUCCUCGGAGCCACCUCGCUGGUCCUGUACUACCGGUUCCUCCAUCCUAAGUCCACAGAAAUCUCCCACGGUACAAAUCGGCAUCAGAUGGGCAGCACAUGCAUAGAGCAAGGCGAGUCUUCCUUCUCUCUUGGUGACAAAAGUCUGCCAGCGUCUUCUGUCCAGAAUCACGGCAGCUUCUCCCUGUCUGGCGUGGCUGGCUCCCUGCUGGAGCACCCAGGAAACUGUCCAGGCCACUCCAACAGCUCCUGCCCUUGCUUCCACCACCACUGGCUCCUCAUCCGCCUGGCCCUGAAAACCGGCGAUCUCUGUAAAAUCAACAGGGCGUACGGAGCCGGUGGGCCGGCGGCCAUACUGGACAUGGAGGAGUACAACCAGGAGUUCAAAAGCAACGAGGGCAUCACCUUUACGGCUGGUGGCAGCUGUGAAGGGGUGUCCACCUCCGAGUCCCAGGGGAAGGGCCUGGCUCCGCUCUCAGACUGCAAAGACGAGUUCCAGAGCGUAAGCGAGCCCACGUCGACCGAGCGACCCGAGGGAGAGGACGACAGUCUGGAGAUGGAAAGCCCCAUGGAGUCGCCCGCGUCGGAUUUCAAACGCAGCUCCCCGGAGGGCAAGUCGGUUUUCGGAGACAGCCCGGAGCCUUAUUACUGCCCUACUGAAUCGAGUUCCACCUUGUACUUCAGUGCUGAUCCCCAGUCCCCCAGCAGCGCCAGCAACCCCCGUUUGGACCGGGACAUCGGGGGUCUGGAACAGGGGGUUCGGCUCAGCUCCAUCCCCAGUGAUCCUGCCCUGCACAGAGACGUGCGUGGACUCAUGAGCCGCGUCGGGCCACGCUGCACCUCCACUCCUAAGCUGGACUGCGGGGUGUCGGAUUCUCCCCCCAGCGUCCCGCAUCUCACAGGUCCAAGGAGGCAGCUCAUAUUGUCCCGCAGAGAUGAAGAUAAUACCUUCUAGCUGUCUUCUGGCACAUUCAGGGAACAAGUUAAGAGCAGCAGCAGCUUAUCCAACGUUAACGGAGCAACACCAGCUUUAUCAGAGUUGUAGGGGUUAGAGCACUACAUGCAGUAGGGAACCUAAGAUAAUCCUAAAAUAACAUCUAUUUUUCUCAUAACAUUAACAUUCUUAAAAAUGCAUUGCUUCUAAAUGUUGAAAACACAGAAACUAUCUAUGUUUGUUUUCUUUUUUUUUAAAGGAAAAUCUGACAUUCAAGUGACAGUAAUGGUGUGUGAUCACGCCACCGGCCCCAGGUUCAGUUCAUAUUUAUGCUAUUGUUUGGCAGCUAGACUUUGGAAUUAUACUGUGCAAAAAAAAAAAAAAGAGAAAAAUUGCUUCCACAUGACUGUGAUAACUUAAUAUGAAAGCACAAUGCUUUGCAAAAGUAUGCAUACCCCUUGAAAUUGUUUGCAUUUUGAAAGUUUACAACCACAAACUUCUUUUAGUGGGAUUUUAUGUGCGAGUACAGAUCUGUGAAGUUAUUAAUUUCCUAGUUUUUUUUUUCUUUUACAGCUAAAAAUCAGGAACAUGUGAUUUGCUUUUACCCAUUGGUAGUCUCAACAACUCUGACCAGCUUCACUGUUUUUGCUGAAGACAAACAUCCCCACAGUAUGAUGCUGGCACCGCCGUGUUUCACAGUGAGGACGAUGUUUUCAGGCUGAAUGCAGUGGUAAUCUGCUGCAGGUUAUAUUCUUUUUGUUGUCAUUUGAAUUUCUUACACAUAUUUGUAGUGUCACACGUCUAGAGAAAAUUUGAUCCAUUAGAUUAAGUGGUAUCAGAUGAAAGGGGUAUGAUUGCAAAUGCACAGCAGACAUUUCUCAUUUUUAUUUGCAAAAAAAUAAAAUAAAUAUGUUGGUCUGUCACAUAAAAUUCCAAUGAACUGCAUUGAAAUUUGUGGUUGCAGGAUGACAUAAUGUGAAAAGAUUCAAGGGGUGCGAGUAUUUAUUCAAAGCACUGUACACGUUAGUUUGGUUUAAAACAUUUUAUCAUAUGCAGCGACUCGGCUCUGAAACAACAGCGAAUUUCAGCAAGUCAUACUGAAACAUUCAUAUCACUGCAGCUAUUUGAUGACAGAGUGCAUAGAUCUAGCAGUGAGUGGAGCAUCUGACCUCUGAACCUAUCUCAAUGUAAGCCAUAGCUUUUAUGGCUUCUUAAAAGCACAACUAUUUUCAGUAUCAUCUGUUUCUGCUGCAAUGUUGUUUUUUUUCUUCUUCUUUUUUUAAGGUAAAACAUAAGACUUCACUACAUACAUGUGAUAUUAAUAAGCUGUGUUUCUCAUGUGGUGUUAAUUGGCAUUGCGUUGAGCAGAAAACUGUGAUGUUUUUAUCUCUUUUUUUUCUGUUACAUGUUGACCAUGUAAUUGUUAAAUAACUUAUUGAACUAACAUUAUGUUGUAAAACAACAAUAACGUCUCAGGCACAAAUUCAUCUACUGUGAGACAAAAUGAAUCAUGCGCAUAUGAGACAUUUGUGGUGACUUUUUUUUAUUUAAUUGCUCUUGAUUGCUCUUUUCAGGUGACAAACUUUUAUUAGAAGCCUGUUCUGAGACAGGAUAGCAGUGUAACAAUGCCUGUGUGGCAUUUUGAAAUAUGACGUCUGAGGCCACUGGUGGCUUGAAAUAAGCAAUAAACAGCCUAUAUGUUUGA